AUAAGAAAGUAAAACACAUUAAUAAAUUCGAUAACUUUCUUUUAAAUUACAGUUCUUUUCGAAACAAUCAAAUUAAAAAAUAGAAAACACAAACAUUGAAGAUGAAAAAAAUUUAACUAAUAACACUUCUACAUGCACAGUCCGUAUAUAGUCUAAAAUUUAACAGUCGGGAAGGAAAUAAUCUACAACACGGCUUCAAUUUUAGAGCCUCUGCCAGCUUUUAAAUGUGCCGUCUGGUAACCACCCCGCCCUUCUUCGCUCCAUCCUACCCGUUCACUUACAACACUCUUCUUGGAUACUCAAAAUUAUAAAUUCCUACAAUUCCCCUUUUAUCUCAUAAAUAAAGCCUAACUGUUAAUGCUAGUUCUUUGAUUCUACAUCGGUUUCUAAUCACUUUUACAGUCUAUUAUACAUUGUAUUUCGCUCUCUUCUCCCAUUUUUCCUUUGUGGGUUUUAUUACGCGGUUUUUUUUGGGAUCUUGGGUUUUUCUUUUUCCUUCUGUUUUUGCUUUCGUGAGAUCUUUUAAUUUUUCAUUAGGUUUACAUUGACCUUUUCAGUUCAGAGGGUAAACUUGACUUUUCAUACUAACUUAAUUGCCCGACCAGAAAAAGUGAAGAGAGCAUAAACGUCGUCUCGCUGCGAACUACAAGUUUCUGCUGCAGUUCCAUUAGCAAGGAUUUGGUGCUGGGUGAUCUGACCCAGUGCCCAAACCAAAAGGCAAGUUUGUCGAGGUAGCAAAUAUUUAAAAAGCAUGGGAAAAGCUUCAAGGGAUAAGAGGGAUAUCUACUACCGAAAAGCUAAAGAAGAAGGUUGGCGUGCUCGAAGUGCCUUUAAGCUUCUCCAAAUAGAUGAAGAAUUUAACAUUUUUGAAGGGGUAAAGCGCGUGGUAGAUUUAUGUGCUGCACCUGGUAGCUGGAGUCAGGUUUUGAGUCGUAAAUUAUAUCUACCAGCAAAGCUCACACAAGAUUCAAGGGAUGAUAAUCUUCCUCUUAUUGUGGCUAUUGACUUGCAACCUAUGGCUCCAAUUGAAGGUGUUAUCCAAGUACAGGGUGACAUCACUAAUGCUCGAACAGCUGAAGUGGUAAUUAGGCAUUUUGACGGCUGCAAGGCUGACCUGGUUGUAUGCGAUGGUGCACCUGAUGUAACUGGGCUUCAUGACAUGGAUGAGUUUGUUCAGUCCCAACUCAUACUAGCAGGCUUGACAAUUGUCACACACAUACUUAGAGAAGGUGGGAAAUUUAUUGCAAAGAUAUUUCGUGGAAAGGAUACAAGUCUUCUCUACUGCCAGCUCAAAUUAUUUUUCCCUGUUGUGACUUUUGCAAAACCUAAAAGUAGUCGUAAUUCUAGCAUUGAGGCAUUUGCAGUGUGCGAGAAUUAUUCCCCUCCAGAGGGAUUUAAUCCGAAAGACUUGCAUCGCCUUCUAGAAAAGGUGGGAAGUCCCUCAGGCAUGGAUGAUCUAGAUUGCAGCAGUGGAUGGCUGGAAGGACCAAAUAAGGUGUAUAUCCCAUUUCUAGCAUGUGGGGACCUUAGUGGGUAUGAUUCUGACCGAUCAUAUCCGCUACCGAAAGUUGCUGAGGGCACUUAUCAGAGCUUGGAUCCUGUCCAACCUCCGAUUGCCCCUCCAUACAAAAGAGCUCUCGAGAUGAAGAAAGCUUCUAAUCGUGGCAUCCGAGAGCUUGAAAAACUCUCCUUGGAUUCUUGAUUUUGCCUUGAAAAUAUUCUCUUCAACACUUGCAUCUAACGAAUUUAUAAGGUAUUAGUUUUGUUGUACUUGCACAUUACUGGCAGAAAACAGUAAUUACUCUGUCCCAAGUGUUUUUUCUCAUGAUGAUCAAUUAUAAAUGUCAUGAACAUUGUCAUC